CCUUCACUCCCAUAGCUACCUAACGAAGAGGCCAACUGCAGCUGCAAGCAAGAGACCGGAGGCUUAAUGAAAGAGAGAACACAAGCAGUCUAGGACUCGGAACCUGCAGGAGUGACACACUGUCUACCCGGCGUACCCCAAACUGUGUCCCCUCCUCCUGCCUAUAAAAGAACAUGAGUUGGAAGAGGCCUGUGCACAUGGAUGUUCCAGAGGAAAGAAUAACAACAAAAUUGAAACUCUAAAAACAAUUAACUGAGAGGCAAAGACUCACAAGGAGAGUUUGGAUUACCUUUUCGAAAUAAUUUUUAUUUUAAUACUUUGAAAUGUUUUAUGUCGGCUUACUGUUCUUGAGUGGCUGCCUGGCCCCAGGAGCAGAGUCCAUGAAAACUACAGACACGACAGCUGGUAAGAGACAGUACCAGAUCCAGAAUGGCCCGUGCAGCUAUACCUUCCUGCUGCCAGAGCAGGACAGCUGCAAGACCCCGAGCAGCACCUAUACCAACCUCGUCCAGAAGGAUGACCCAGCAGAAUAUGACGACUCAGUCCAGAGGUUGGAGCAGCUGGAGAACAUCAUGGUGAACAACACACAGUGGCUCCUGAAGCUAGAGAACUACAUUCAGGAAAACAUGAAGCAGGAGAUGAUGCGCAUGCAGCAGAAAGCAGUGGAUAACCACACGGCGGCCAUGAUAGAGAUUGGAACUAACCUGCUGAGUCAAACAGCUGAGCAGACACGGAAACUGACCAGCGUAGAGGCUCAGGUAAUAAAUCAUACAACGCGGCUUGAACGUCAGCUUCUUGAGAACUCUCUGUCAACAAAUAAAUUGGAAAAACAGCUUAUUAUUCAAACAAAUGAAAUAAGCAAGUUGAAUGACAAAAACAGCUACCUGGAGAAGAGGGUGGGACAGAUGGAAGAACAAAGACAGGUGGAGCUGAAGACACUGAAGGAGGAGAAGGAGCAGCUCUCCACCCUGGUAAUGAGACAGACGGCUGUCAUCGAAGAGCUGGAGCAACAGCUGCUCCGGGCCACCAGCAACAACUCUGCCCUGCAGCGGCAACAACACGAGCUGCUGGAGACCGUCAACAACCUAAUCUCCACCAUCUCCGUCCCUACUGGUGGAGGGAACAAGCCUACCAUGAUGCAGGACACACCGACCACAUACCCAGACUGCACCGCGGUCUACAAGUCAGGGAACAAAGACAGUGGGGUCUACACACUGAACCUUCCCAACACGACUCAGGAGUUCAAGGCUUACUGUGACAUGGAUACGGAGGGGGGAGGAUGGACAGUACUACAAAAACGUUUUGAUGGCCGUGUUGACUUUCACCGUACGUGGAAAGAGUACAAAAUGGGCUUUGGAAACCCCUCUGCUGAAUACUGGUUGGGAAAUGAGAUUGUUUCCACACUGACCAAUCAGCAACCAUACGUCUUGAGAAUCCAGCUGACGGACUGGGAGGACAACGCGGCAUUCUCACUUUAUGACCAGUUUUCUCUCGACACUGAAGCAGAGAAUUACAGGAUACACCUUAAAGGCUAUAGUGGGACAGCAGGCAAAAUCAGUAGCCUUGGUCAACCGGGAAAUGACUUCAGCACAAAGGAUGCCGACAACGACAAAUGCGUUUGUAAAUGCUCACAACUGACAACAGGAGGCUGGUGGUUUGACGCCUGCGGGCCCUCUAACUUAAACGGAGUAUUUUUCCAGCAGGGCCAGAACUCAAAUCGAUUUAACGGAAUCAAAUGGUACUACUGGAAAGGUUCAGGCUACUCACUGAAGUCAACCACAAUGAUGAUCAGACCAGCAGACUUCUGAGACUCUCAGGGCACAUGGCUUCUCACAGACACGCACCGAAUGGAAAGUACUGACACUUUGAGGAAAACAAACAACGCAGAGAAGAAUGACAAACAAGGCCUAAUAGAUGCUCUAAAACAGCAACCUCAUCACUUCCAAUCAUUCCACAAGGGAAGGAACAAUUCACUUUCCUCCAACAAGUCAGCAAAAAAAAUGUUUACUUUUUAUUUUUAUUUUUACAGAAUGUACAGGAGAAGCUGAGAGGAAAAUGUAAAGUAAGAACUAUGUGCAGUACGUCAGAAAUAUGAGAUUUGGGCUGCAUAACCAACCGGUACAAAUGAAACAGGUUGGAAAUCUUGUAUUUAUAGCAAACUGGAAGUGUGGGAGAAAUAUAAUCCUACUGUUUUCUGUCAAGAAGAAAUACUACUUCACCCUAUUACUUUUGAUACAAUGAAUUGGAACAUAAUAAUUGCAUUAUAUUUUAGAUUACCUACCAAUAGGCUUAUUAAUAUUAAAAGGGUACAAAAUGCAAUUCUUUGUAUCAAAAAGGAACAUAUUCAAGGAGGUUGUACAUACUCAGUUUAAUUUAAAUGUAUAGAUGGUUCAAAAAAUAUUCUAAUGAAUGUGAUAACUUUGCAUGUUACUCAAAAUAAUUUCAUAAUCAAUGCCAAUUAUGCACUUAGAUAAGCAAAUGUGUUACAAUCCAUUGUAAAGCCUAAAAUGUGUUUAACUACUCCAUGAUUAGAGUAUUGUAAUUACAAUUGCAUCUUUGCCUGGCUUAGGCUACUCUGCUGUAACAAAUAUGUGCAACAGGUUUCACAGUAGUAACAUAUCUGCUUAUAUUUAUCAAUCUAAUUUAAUUGUUUUACUGUAGAAAUAAUGAGAUUACAGGUAAUAACUUAUUUUAAAUGAACUUUAAGCAUUCUUCCGUCAACAUUUGAGACAAGCAUUUUAUGUUCACUUUCUUCUUAUAGGUGACUGUAGGUAUGAGUAGGUAUAGAACUAUGCAAUUUAUCUGAAUGUAAAUGCUAAUGCAAUUACAUUCAGAUAAAUUCUCUGCCAAUAGCAGGCUUUUGGAAGAGACUAUUUACAACAACAUUAUUCACAAGACAGAGAAAUCAGCACAGAUGGAGUGUGUCAGGUAGCUAAAAAAUGCUUAAUGGCCCCCUUGAAAUCAAAUUGGCUGGCUCAUCAGGAGCAUUCAGUCUCUGGAGAGUGUGUGGACUGUUUUGCUGCCACAACAGAACUGUCAGUGCGAUUUCUAGAGGAAAUGUGACGAGACAUGUUCUAUACCAAAACACCCCUUCCCCUUCACAGAUGCAGGAAAAAGAUUCAUGAAUGUAGGAGGACAGGAAGAGGCAACAUCCACAUCUGACACAGGAUGCCGCAGUCAAAAACAACAACUGCUUUCAAAAUUAAUAAAUGGUAAUAAAAUUAGCAGAUUUCCG